AUGCCGGCCCUGGCCGCCCAGCGGCGGGGCUGCCGCGGCCUCUACCGCCUGUACCUCGGGUGCCAGGCGGCGCCGCGGCCCCGCGCCUGCCACGGAUGGCAAGUUUCAAUGAAAAGUGGGAGCCUGUCUUAUAUUUUGCCAUGCAAUCGCCUGCCUGUGCAGUUGAUGAGUCAAGUGAGAGUUUAUACCUCCAAUGGUCAGAAGAAAGAUCUUGGAUCAGAAGAUACAAAUGGAUCAGCCCGUGGAGAGCCCCUGCAUAAAGUUGAAACAGGACAAGAGACAACCAGUGCAGGUCAAAAGCAGUCUUCACCUAAACAGCCAAUCCAAUUAAAAGUGAAAGCAGUCCUUAAAAAAAGAGAGUAUGGACCAAAAUACACACAGAAUAACUUCAUCACUGGAGUCAGAGCAAUAAAUGAGUUUUGUCUUAAAUCCAGUGAUUUAGACCAGCUGAGGAAAAUUAAACGACGAAGUCCCCAUGAUGACACUGAGACUUUCACCGUGUACCUGAGAUCAGAUGUCGAGGCAAAGUCUCUCGAAGUUUGGGGUAGUCCAGAGGCUCUUGCCAGAGAAAGAAAACGACGUAAAGAGGCAGAGAUCAAGUACAGAGAAAAUCUGUUUAGAAACCAAAGGCUGUUGUGGGAAUACAAGGAGUUCUUUGGAAAUACUAAGCCACGCUCCAGUACAGCAGCUAUGUUUUUCAAGGGACCAGGGAAGGUGGUAAUGGUAGCUAUUUGCAUAAAUGGGUUGAAUUUUUUUUUUAAGCUACUUGCUUGGGUUUACACGGGUUCUGCAAGUAUGUUUUCAGAAGCCAUACAUUCUUUAGCAGACACAUGUAACCAGGCGCUGCUAGCUUUGGGCAUCAGUCAGUCUGCAAGGACACCUGACCCUAGUCAUCCGUAUGGUUUCACAAAUAUGCGCUAUAUUGCCUCCCUGAUUAGUGGAGUAGGCAUUUUUAUGAUGGGUGCAGGACUUUCUUGGUAUCAUGGGAUCAUGGGUUUACUCCACCCUCAUCCUGUAGAAUCUCUUCUCUGGGCAUACUGCAUUUUAGCAGGAUCAUUGGUAUCUGAAGGAGCCACUCUGCUUGUUGCUAUAAAUGAAAUUCGGAGGAGUGCUCGAGCCAAGGGUCUUUCAUUUUAUCAAUAUGUUGUGCAGAGUCGUGAUCCCAGUACCAAUGUGGUGUUACUGGAGGAUGCUGCAGCAGUUCUGAGUGUGGCUGUAGCUGCUACCUGUAUGGGUCUGACUUCUUUAACAGGAAAUCCGUAUUAUGACAGUGUGGGAUCUCUAGGUGUUGGAACUUUGUUGGGAACUGUGUCAGCAUUUCUAAUCUAUACUAACACUGAAGCCCUGCUGGGACGAUCCAUUGAACCUGAACAACUGCAGCGGCUCACUGAGUUACUGGAAAGUGAUCCUGUAGUAAGAGCAAUUCAUGAUGUUAAAGCCACAGACAUGGGAAUGAGCAAAGUGAGAUUCAAGGCAGAAGUAGACUUUGAUGGCCGUGUUGUUACUCGGUCUUACCUGGAAAAACAAGAUAUUGAACAGCUACUACAAGAAAUUCAGCAAGUGAAAACCCUUGAAGAAUUAGAAGCCUUUAUGCUUAAGCAUGGGGAGAAUAUCAUUGACACUCUGGGAGCUGAAGUAGACAGACUUGAGAAGGACCUGAAGCAACGAAAUCCUGAUGUUCGUCAUGUGGAUUUGGAGAUACUGUAGACUUGAACAGGAGAAAUCUUUGGGUUGCUGCCUUUGUGGAAAGAAAGAAGUCAUGGAAAGGGCUGCAAAGCUUCUGAAWUUGCAGUGACCUCAGCACCAUACCUCGCUUCCUUUGCUGUAGGCUUCCUGGACUGUUAGCACUGCUUCUGUUUCUGGAAGAGCRCUAGACUUGCAGAAAAAAAUUUCCAUGGCAAAAUCAGUUUCAAAAAACAACUUGAGUUAAAUUCCACAGGAGAGUGUCCAAAUAUAUUUACUGCAAUUCAGAACUUAAGACUUGAGGUUUAGUUAGGCAAAUACAGCUGCCUGAAACUAUACAACACAGUUUUUCCAUUUGUGUCCCUUUGCAGUCAGUUUGCACUUCUUUGGUUUCUUUCAAGAUAUCAUUAAAGGUUCUUGGGAGAUAUUAAGAUUAGCUAGGAAGAGUUUGUUCCAGUGGAACCUGCCAACCUUUAAUUGUAGUAUUUCAACUGUGUGAUUGCUUCACAGUUUUUCUUUUCUAUGAGAUAAAUUCUUUUGAAAUGGGCGCUGGCCUUAUCUCAAGUACCAUGACCUGGAAACCUGCUUUUUGCCACCAUUACAAUUAACAACUGCACUUCAGGAAAACAAAGUUUUUCACCUCAGAGGAGCCAGCUGUAUGGGUUUAGCCAGAGUACAUUAAGUUAAUGUGAAAAAUUACUGCAUACAAAUUUCGGUGCACUUCCUCUCUUCAAAUUUUGGGUUUUUUUUCCUACUUUGCUACUUGUUUUCUUAUUUGUAAGUAUCUUCAGAUGUAAUCUGGGAGAUAUUUUUGGUAGUGCUUAUUAAAAUUUACCUGGAAUUUUUGGCUUUUUAUAUUUUAAUAGACUUUAUUGCCAGAUAUGGUCUUUGCUAGAAGAUGCAAGAGAUGUAGGUGGAAUAUAUAAUAGUAAAAAAUGAUCUAUUUAUAAUUAAACAAAUGAAUACAUUGUAUUUUUAAUUUAUUUACCUUUAGAUAUUAUCUGAAUUCAAAACCACUUACUCUGCUUUUUUUAUAACUUGACCAUACUUAUUUGGGAGAGUAAUUCUAUCAGUGGUCCUCAACAAUCCUGAGAUAAGCGAUUGGUUUAUAACUUUGAAAUGUGAAAUUCURGAACUGUGUACAAUUGUCUCAAGAUUUUCUGCAUUAGGUACUCAAGUUGUACCAGAUUCUUUGAAACCCAGCCUUUAUUAAUAAGGCCAUGAGUACUGAACUUGCAAGUUGAAAUAUAAGUAAAAUAACUGUAUUUAAAUAGCACUGAGGAAAAUUCUUUAUGCACUUUAAUGUAAAAUAAGAUUUGCUCAUGGGUGAGAGGUGGCAAUAAGACCAUCCUAGUAACUCAGUUGCUGAGUAAUGACUGACUUGCUGAAAGAAGAAAYGUUGAUAUGAAACACGAGUCUUCGAGAAUCAAUUUAAGAUUAUAAGAUUGUAGCAAAUAAUCRUGGAGACCAAUAUGUCCAGAUUUGACUAGAAGCAUUUUAGAGUUGUUUUAUUUUCAUACUAGAUGUCACUUAUUAGUGAACUUUGAGAAUUUAAAAUAACAUGCCUUUUUGACAACUGCAAAGCACUUUGCAUGCUGGUCAUUUUAAGUAGAAAAACAUUCCAGAGUUAAGUUACAGAUGGRGCUUCACAUACAGUAAUUGUGGGUGAAAGGAGCUCCUCAGUACCCUUUUCCAUAAUCCCUAUUAAUUGGUGGCUUCUUUAUAGCAUAUUACCUUAUUAUGGCUAAUCCAAAAGAAGGCUUACUUUAUCUGGUUUUCUCCUUUUGUAGAACUAGUUAGUAUAUUUAAGCCUGAUGAUUUAAAAUGCAGUUUAAAGGUAAUUUGGAAGUCUCCCAUAUCAAAUAAAUAAGGCGAAUUUUAGCACAUUUUAAAUAAUUUACCUUUCUCCUCACCCUUCUAUGUAAAAUUCAUCUCAUCUCAGUAUGCACUCUCCUGGUAUUAGCCUUAUUCAUGAAGAGCACUGGAAUCUGGUAAAACGUAACAUGUUUUCUUUUCCCUAGAAUAUUUAUGUGGAUUUUGAAUUUGAAUAAACACAUUAAUAAACCAGUUAUUUCAGAAAUCUUAAAAACCUGACGAGAAGUAAGACUGGGAAAAUGUUCUUCCUGCAGAGGUUAGUGAAGACAGCCAAUGUGAUCCAAAUGGUUUACAUGCUGGAGUUACUGAUGAAUGAGAAGUGUCAAUGUGCACUUUGCAGGGCAGAAUGUCCCCUGCAAGGUUAGUAAAUGAUAUCUUAAUAGCAAAGUGUUCCUGUAUCAUUUUCAAGAGGAGGCUUGAGCUCAUAUUCUUACAGGACAUCUGCUCCAAAAGUCUAUAAAAAUGUCUUUUUUAUUCAUUGGAGCUGUAAUUCAUCUGAAUUCUGAUCUUAAUUUCCUUAUUUGAGUCGGGAAAAUACCCAUCCACACCUUUUGUUUAUAUUCCAAGAUAAAACUCAGUUCCUUGUCUCUCAGUCACAUUACUGAUGAUAGCAUCACAUUACGUUAAAUUCAAGAAGUCAGGAUUACAAUUAACCAGUCUGAGGACCCAGGUCCUUUUUCAAAACUGACCUGGAUAGGAUGUACUACAAAAAGACAGGCAGACUGGUUUUGGCAGUACCUUUUAAGUUUACAUGUCRUGCCGUUGGAUGGAAGUACUGAUUCACUGAGCCUGCCAGGUUGGAAAGGAAAAGUAAUUCCAAGCUGUUACAUUUUAAUUUAUAUGUUAUAAUUUGCAGAUUGUUUUUACCAGAUUUGACAUUUUUACUGCUUUUUUUCUUUAACUGUCAAAAACUUGAGGUACUGUGGGUCCACUACUUAGUUUACUUUUGUUUGAAUAUUUGGGUUUUUUUUGGAAAUAAUUAGCAAAUACAUUUACAUGAUAGAGUCCUCAGAUUAAAAAAUUUUACAAAGUGUGGUGGAGUGAAUUUUUUCUUUAUCACGAAUACAAUUCCAAAAUGUUUUUUUGGAUUGAUUUUAAGGAAGAGAAGUGAGGAUUUACCUAACAAUAAAGUUGUAUUCUAGGAUUUUUUUCAGUUAA